UUUGAUUGAUUUGAUUUAUAAAUUUGUACAAUUUUACAAAUAGCAAUUACAAUAAUUUCAUAAGUUGUUGUUUUAUUUCAUAUUUUAUAGCUAUUUUAUUAUUGUUUUAGUACAUUAAUUUCAAGGACAUGGAAGACGAACUAGAGGACAGGGUGCUACAUCAGACUUAUUUAUCUUUUAUGAAAAUAUUAUCACGAUUUAGUAGCAGUGUAGCUUUCGACACUCCUAUGAGCUAUUUAUGGAAAAUGGUGCGUCUGUAUUUACUUCGGUCCGAUGUGCUAAUCUUUACACUGGGAGUCGUAGUGUUCUUCAUGUAUUUACAAACUAUAGGAUUAUGGAGCCGUACCUUGCUCGGCAGAUUAUCAGAUGCUGUAAAUCCAUUGAGUGCAGUUCAACGAAUGAAGUUUAUGGAUGAUUCUGAAAAUGACAAACAAAGCUGGGAGUUAAAAGGAUCGCAAAGUGCAGCUUAUGCAAUAAAAGGUAGAAGGAUGCAUAUGGAAGAUAGAUUCAUAAUUAAUGAAAAUAUAAACAAUACUGGUAUAUCAUUGUUUGCAAUAUUUGAUGGACAUGGUGGUGAAUUUGCAGCCAAUUAUGCCAAGGAUCAUCUGAUUCAAAAUCUUUACAAUAAAGUUGUAGAGUUAAGUGAUUUUAAAGAAGGAAGAAUUUCUGAUAUGCCAAAAAUUGAAACUCCUACAGAGCCAAAAGGAGAGGAGAAAGAAAAGAAUACUAAUGUAGAAAGAAAAAGUAGUUUUAAAAAGUCUGCUAGCACAGCUGACGACUCUUCCAAGAAAGAAAUAACUGACCCACUUUUAUUAGCUCAACUAAAUAAAUCUAGGCCAAUUACACGUGAAGUAAGACCUAUUAAACCAGUCAAGAAUAUUACUGUCCCUCUCACAAGCUAUAUUGACAAAGGAAAGAUAAACUUUGGGAGAUUAUUAACUGAUGAAGUAUUAGCGGCAGAUCGUCUCCUUGUUGAAGCUGCUAAGAGAUCAAUGAAUGUUGCUGGGACAACAGCUCUCAUUGCUAUUUUAGAAGACAAUCACCUAAUUGUUGCCAAUGUUGGAGAUUCGAGAGGUGUUAUGUGUGAUUCACGUGGCAAUGCCAUUCCACUUUCCUUUGACCAUAAACCACAACAGGUGAGAGAACAGAAACGGAUAGAAGCAGCUGGUGGAUACAUUGCAUUUAAUGGUGUGUGGAGAGUCGCUGGAAUUCUGGCAACAUCUAGAGCAAUGGGUGACUACCCAUUAAAAGACAAAAAUUUUGUCAUAGCUGAUCCAGACAUACUUACAUUCAAUUUGGAGGAUCAUAAACCAAUGUUUUUAGUUUUAGCCUCCGACGGCCUUUGGGACACAUUCUCAAAUGAAGAAGCUGUUAAAUUUAUUAAAGAAAGGUUAGAUGAACCUGACUAUGGCGCCAAAAGCUUAACUCUACAAGCAUAUUAUAGAGGUUCUGUUGAUAAUGUGACUGUUUUAGUAAUUAACCUCUUAAAUAAUGAAUAUGCAACAGCAGUUAUUUCUCAGUGAGAAUUUUUCAAGAAAGUCAGUGUAGUAUAAAUUAAAUACCUAUUUUCUUAACAAAAUUUUCUCUAAAUCCUAGUAGGUACAUACAAUAAAAUUGUAUUUUUUUGCAUUUGAUGGAUUUUUAAAGGUUAAAAACAGUUUCAUUAAGUGUAAAUGUAGAAUCUUUAGAUGUCCAUUAGUUUUAAAAUAAAAAGAUAACUUUACAUUUUUAAACUAUUAGAAUAUUGUGGUAAAAUUUUAUAAGAAAAAUUUUAAUGGGGAUGGUUGUGAUCGUAACAAAUUUAAUAUUAGAUUGGUGUAUCUUGCAUGCCUAGACUUUAAGUUGUUUCUUAUUAUCCGUAAACUAUUAUUACAAAAAAUAAUAUUGUCAUUUUAUUCCUGUGUCCAUUUCACAGUAUGACUCUCACCAUUAACUUACUACUAUUAAGGAGAAUAAGUAUUAGGUACUCAAUUCUUGUUAUAAUUGUAUACUAAAAUUAGAGCUGGAUUUUUGUUGAGGUAAAGUUACAUCGCCAACAGCUCAAUGUGUGUACUUCCGUGUUGCUUAUUUCAUUACUUGACUUUUGGUUAACUUUACUAAGUAGUCAAAUAAUUUUAUAUUUAUUGUUAUUUCUUAUCUUCAUAGGUAUAUGGUUGCCAAAUAUAUGAGUCCUCAAGUGUCACUAUGUCACCAGUCAUGCUGUAGAUGAUAUAUCAGUAACUAAAGGUUUUAAUUACAUUCAUUAGUUUACCUGUCAAGCAAACUAUUACGUUGGUGCUAGUCAUUAUUUUAUAAAUCAGUGCAAUGCUAACAUACAUUAAUAAUUUCUUGUUGUGAUAUAUAAAGUACUAAAGAUUUUAUGUAUUGAUAAUAUUUUUAUAUUAACUGUAUGCUGUUAAGUGUACCAUUUUGAUUAUGCAGUAUAUGAUAGCAAAAAGUAUUUUGUAAUAAUAUUUGUGACUCAACAUAAUUUUGACCUGACUUACCAAUAUAUCUUAAAAUGGGUCCAAAUAAGUUUGAAAAAAUUAAAGCCGAAAAUAUAAUCUUUUUAAGUCAUUAUGUGGUUUACUAAAUUUUUUCAUAUUGUAACUAGAUAAUAUUCCUUUUUCCUUCAUUUUGACUUGCUGGUCAAGUUGAUAAUUGAAGCAUUAGGUGUUGUGUGACUAACAUUUAUAGUGUAUAAAACCAUGUUUGUUUACAUUAAUAGGGACAUAGUUUUAUUACUUUAACGUUAUAUGUACAAAAAUUUGGAAUUUGAUAAAAAUGUUCAAAUUCUAUAUAAAAUUCUGAUAAGAAAUAUUUUACGUAUAUGUGGAUAGUGAAAAAUCCAAAUGAAAUAUAAAUACAGAAUUUUUAUGUCUCACAA